GGGAGCCUGGGAAGUGGGGAUGACACAGAUAGCGAGUCGUAGUCAGAGCUGCUGCCACAUUGAGGAGAAACAGCGGUGUCUGCGGCUCCCACCCUCCAUGAGGGCCAGGGGUGGGGGCAGUGUCAGGGGCAUGGCCGCUCCCCCCCAGGGCUCUUUGCUGCUGGCUGCUCUCCUCUCCGCACGCUUCCCUGCAGCAGCUGCGAGCACGCCGAGGCGCAGACCGAGGGGCGGCGGGCGGCGGCGGCGCUGACCCCGACCUCGCCGGGCGCCGCUGCCAUGGCGCAGGAGAACGCCGCCUCCGCCUCGGGCCGGGAGGAGCCGCCCCGGCGCCGCGGCCGCCAGCGCUACGUGGAGAAGGACGGCCGCUGCAACGUGCAGCAGGGCAACGUGCGCGAGACCUACCGCUACCUGACCGACCUGUUCACCACGCUGGUCGACCUGCAGUGGCGCCUCAGCCUGCUCUUCUUCGUGCUCGCCUACGCGCUCACCUGGCUCUUCUUCGGCGCCAUCUGGUGGCUCAUCGCCUACGGCCGCGGCGACCUGGAGCACCUGGAGGACACGGCCUGGACGCCCUGCGUCAACAACCUCAACGGCUUCGUGGCCGCCUUCCUCUUCUCCAUCGAGACGGAGACCACCAUCGGCUACGGGCACCGCGUCAUCACCGACCAGUGCCCCGAGGGCAUCGUGCUGCUGCUGCUGCAGGCCAUCCUGGGCUCCAUGGUGAACGCCUUCAUGGUGGGCUGCAUGUUCGUCAAGAUCUCGCAGCCCAACAAGCGCGCGGCCACGCUGGUCUUCUCCUCGCACGCCGUGGUGUCGCUGCGCGACGGCCGCCUCUGCCUCAUGUUCCGCGUGGGUGACCUGCGCUCGUCCCACAUCGUCGAGGCCUCCAUUCGCGCCAAGCUCAUCCGAUCGCGCCAGACGCUCGAGGGCGAGUUCAUCCCCCUGCACCAGACCGACCUCAGUGUGGGCUUCGACACGGGCGACGACCGCCUCUUCCUCGUCUCGCCGCUCGUCAUCAGCCACGAGAUCGACGCCGCCAGCCCCUUCUGGGAGGCGUCGCGCCGCGCCCUGGAGAGGGACGACUUCGAGAUCGUCGUCAUCCUCGAGGGCAUGGUGGAAGCCACGGGAAUGACAUGCCAAGCUCGGAGCUCCUACUUGGUGGAUGAGGUGCUGUGGGGCCACCGCUUCACAUCAGUGCUAACCCUGGAGGACGGUUUCUACGAGGUGGAUUAUGCCAGCUUCCACCAGACCUUUGAGGUGCCCACACCCUCGUGUAGUGCCCGGGAGCUGGCUGAGACAGCUGCCCGUCUUGACGCCCAUCUCUACUGGUCUAUCCCCAGCCGGCUGGAUGAGAAGGUGGAGGAGGAAGGGGUGGGGGAAGGGGCAGGGGGAGGGGCAGGGGCUGACAAGGGGCAGAAUGGCUGUUUGCCACCCCCAGAGGGUGAGUCCAAGGUGUGACCAGUUUCCUCCAGACCCAUGUGGCAGGGCCAGACCCAGGUACCUGGGGAGCUGGAUAUUGGAGGUGGAGAAGGAGGCAGGCGAGGUCCCUUGGAAUGCAUUAAGUCUGGAGAAGCCUCUCAGAAGUUUGAGUCCAGGAUCCAAUGCUGAAGGAAGGGAUCCUGAUUUCAGGAGGAUGGAGGGUCAGGAAUGGGUGAGCUUACCAGCCUGUCUGUGUUUGACCUUCACAUCUGUUCAUGGGUGGAUGGAUGGACAGAAGGAUGGACUUAUAUGGGUCGGAUGGAAAGGUGGAAGCAGAGAGAGAUAGCUGGUAGAUAGGUAAAUGGACCAAUAGACAGGUGAUAUACUCAGGGCUGCUACUAACCCAUAAAGCAUCUUUGUGCAAAUUGUAAAAAGGCACCCUUUUUCUCCAGACUGAUGUUACCGCAAACCAGCGUGAGUGGCUUUGGGAGCAGAGUUUGCGUUGUGUAUGGCACACCCUGUCUCACUGGACACAGUAGCCCCAGCUGACCCAGUGGAGAGAAAGCUGGAUGGAGGUGGGCAGAGAUAAAUAAGGAGGGUGCCCUCCCAGGCCCACCCUCACCACUGUGACAGGCUGAGUGGGAGGACCAAGACUAGGGGUGGAUCAGCAGGGUGUGAAUGACCUUGUCUCCUGAGCAGAGAAACAGAAAGUAGGAGUUGCCAAAGCUGGGUCCCUGGGAAAAGAGAGCUCUUUUCUGACAGUGGAGCAAGAUUUCAUAAGUACCUCUGCAGAUGUAGGAAGGGAGAGAGAGAUUCUGAGGAGGAACAGGGCCAGGGAGAGAUGGAGAGAGUGAGUUCCCUAGACCUGAGACACGGGGGCCCUUAGGAAAGUAAAAUUAGUUUUGGGGCACAGUGAGAGGGAGUCAUGCAAAUUGUUCAUUGGGUACCCAUUGGGUACAGAACACUGAACCAGGCACAUGGGGGGUGAACAGUUCAAGACUGGUUUCCUGUCUUCAGAAUACAGUGCACAUGGGAGAAACAGAGAAAUAUGUCCAUGGAAACUGUUGCAAAUUAAGAACCUGAGCAGUCUCUCCAAGCAAGGGUAGGAGGGUUUGGUAAUCAGAAAGCUAAGGCUUGAACAAGGCACAGAGAAUGAGCUAAGCCUGAAGCUAUAGCAUCAGAGUCACCUGGAGGGCUUGUGGAAACACUGCUGGCCCCACUCCCAGACCUUCUGACUCAAUAGAUCUGGGGUGGAGACCAAAUAUUUGCAUUUCUAAUAAGUUCCCAGGCCAUGCUGAUACUGGAAUGGGGACUACAGUUUGAGAGCCACUGCUCUAAGCAAAGACCUGGGGGUUGUAUCAGGAGGCGGGGCAUACAAGCUGCGGAGUAGCUGAGAAGCUGAGGAUCCUUGGGGUGCAGACUGAAAUACUGGGUUGUCGGAAAAGUCAUGACAUACUUUUCUGUUUUUCGUUGCGAAAAUGUGUCAUGACUUUUCCGACAACCCAUAGAAAGAAUCAAGUCUAGUGUGUAAGUAAAGAGUGCCCUGAAACCCAGGCUUCUGGGCCCAGGGACUCACCUGUCAAUGGAAAUAGGGUAGUGGCAACUAGAGAUGACGUUUGGGGAAAAUAAGUAGGCAAGAGAGACAGGAGGCAGUAAGGAGACCUCGAGGGAAUUCCUGCAGAGGUGGUGGGGAGUUGGAAGAGGAAGUGGCAAAAGGGGGAAUCCCUUGUAGGUUCUUACUUUCACAGGAGCAUCUUUGCUACAAGAAUCUUGGCUGCAAACAUUUUCACCACAUAACUUAUUGGCUAUAAGGUAAUUUUACCAUAAAAAAGAACACAACAAAAUUAAAGAGUUUAUUGCAAAAUACAAAAUAUUUGAAUACAUUUAAAAAGUGUGUAGAUUCAUGGCAAUACUGCACAAAUAAUUUAUUUUAUUUUGUGGUUUGUACCUAAGCACUUGUGUUAAUUCUAUAGGAAAUGUGGGUUCAACUCUGCACCUUCAAAGAGGGCCCUCGGCCUCUCUCCUCCCAAUGUAGCGUGUUUCAAAAUAAGAAACCAAUUGUCGGGGCAUAUCAUCAUCAUCUGGAAGAAAUGCUAACUAUAUUAAGAUGAAUACCACCAUAUCUACUCAUCACUGUAGACAGUUAUGAGAACUAGCUAAAAUUUAUAGAAUGUAAAAUGAGUGUGAGAAUUUCAUCAACAGAGAAAUGAAACCAAAAUGACAAUUAGCUCAAAUAUAUUAAGUCCACUAAAGGUGGUUGAUUAGUCAAUGGAAAAAUUCAACCAAACACACACACACACAUGGCAUACACACCAGUUAUGUGGUGAAAAUGUUUGGGACAAAAAUUCUUGCAGCAAAGACGUCAACAGAAGACGCUAUAGUGAACAUACUGGACGUGCCCUUGUAGGACUUUGGAGACAGGAUUAAAUGUAGGAGAGAAUGUGAAAGAGAAGCAAGGCGUCUAACAUCUGGCUAUGUCUGUGGCCUGCCGUCUGCCCAGCUAGGACAGGAGUCCCUUCAGAUGCUGUUCCCAUGUCAUGUCCAACCCCUUUCCAGUCACCAGGGGCAGCCCCCCAGGAUGCUGAAGGGAGAUCAAUGGCAAGUUGAGAAGGGACAGAGGUGGAGGGGACCGGAGGCUGGCCUCCUGGGAGAAAAGUGUGUGCCCAGGCAGGCAUGCCCUCUGAUACCGGCUAUACCCCACUCCUGUCCUUUAAUAAAAGUCUGAGCCCCUUGGAGAAAAGCA